AAGGAUGUGCUUGUUCUACCCGUUUCUUGUUUAGUUGUAAAGUUGACUUCUUCACGGUUUUCUGCAUUUUACUUUCUGGGUUUACCAAAGAAAAAUAAGGCUAAAAUUUUCAUUGCCAGGGUGGGCGGUGGCAGGUUGAAGAACUUCAAUUCAAGAGCAAUCUUUCAACAAAUUUUUGAGCUGGAAUAGACUUUUGGAUACAAUGGGUUGCAUACCCUCAAAGGUAGCAGAAAAUAAGCCUCCACCAUCCUUCGAAGUAGUGGCAGAUAAGACUCUACCCUCAGAAGUAGCAGAAAAUAAGCUUGGACCUGGUUAUGAGGAUUUUUCUAUUCUUGCUUCUGAAACACCAUUUACUAUAAAUGAGGUGGAAACCUUGUACGAGUUAUUCAAAAAAUUAAGCACUUCUAUUGUGAAAGAUGGAUUUAUUCAAAAGGAAGACCUUCACUUUGCACUUUUCAGAAACUGCAACAUGCGAAAUCUCUUUCUGGACAGGAUGUUUGAUCUUUUUGAUGUCAAUCGCAAUGGCCAUAUUGAGUUUGGGGAAUUUGUUCGAUCCUUGAGUGUCUUUCACCCAAAAACUCCUGAAGCAGUCAAAAUAAAAUAUGCAUUUAAACUGUAUGACUUGAGGCACACUGGUUACAUUGAGCGUGAAGAGUUGAAGGAGAUGGUGCUGGCAAUUUUGAUUGAAUCUGAUCUGGUUCUCUCUGAUGAUGUGGUUGAAACAAUUGUGGACAAGACAUAUGUGGAAGCAGACUCUAAAGGCGAUGGGAGAAUUGACAUAGAAGAAUGGAAAGAAUAUGUGGGAAAGAAUCCAUCAUUACUGAAGAACAUGACUCUACCUUAUCUAAUGGACAUAACUCGAGCAUUUCCCAGUUUUGUGCUGAAUGCAGAAACAGAAGAAUCACACUCGUAGCUUGAAUACCAGAAAAAUCUAUCAUCCAGAAACUGAGGGGAAGUGUGGCCAUUCUAGUUUCCGAAUCUCUUAUCUUUCGUGGCUAUUGAAAGGGUGGCCCUUUCCUUAGAACAUCUAGAAAAGCCUGCAAUUUCUACUUUUAGAAAGAAAGAUGCACAGAGUGAGAAAUUUUUGGCACCUAAUUAGGCUGCGGAAGCUAGUCCCGUUGAAUCUUCAAACUGAAAGUUUUUAAGGCUCAUGAA